ACACUCCCAAUUUUUUUAACAAAAAUAAAAAAAAAAGCAGCCCCCUAACCUCUUGCCCUCUUCACUCCCCUAUAAUAAUUUUCCUUCCCUUUCUCAUUUCCAUCAACGAAUCGAAAGGACAAAAAAUCUGCAGGAGAAAAAAAUUCUCGAUUGGAUCAAAUAUUAGAUUGAUAUAGUAAAGAUGUCGCCAACUGAAUCAUCACGAGAGGAAAAUGUGUACAUGGCCAAGUUAGCUGAGCAGGCCGAACGCUAUGAGGAAAUGGUGGAGUUCAUGGAAAAAGUUGCAAAAACCGUUGAUGUUGAGGAGCUAACUGUCGAGGAACGAAACCUUCUCUCUGUGGCUUACAAAAAUGUGAUCGGGGCUAGGAGGGCUUCAUGGAGGAUCAUCUCUUCCAUCGAGCAGAAGGAAGAGAGCAGAGGAAAUGAGGAUCAUGUUGCAAUCAUCAAGGAGUAUAGGGGCAAGAUUGAAGCUGAGCUCAGCAAGAUUUGUGAUGGCAUUUUGAGCCUUCUUGAGUCUCACCUCAUUCCUUCAGCCUCAUCUGCUGAGUCCAAGGUGUUUUACCUUAAGAUGAAGGGUGAUUAUCACAGGUAUCUUGCUGAGUUUAAGACUGGGGCUGAGAGGAAAGAAGCUGCUGAGAGCACUUUGUUGGCUUACAAGUCUGCCCAGGAUAUUGCUCUUGCUGAACUUGCUCCUACUCACCCAAUCAGGCUGGGACUUGCUCUUAACUUCUCUGUCUUCUACUAUGAAAUCCUCAACUCACCUGAUCGUGCUUGCAAUCUUGCUAAACAGGCUUUUGAUGAGGCUAUUUCUGAGUUGGAUACAUUGGGUGAGGAAUCUUACAAGGAUAGUACAUUGAUCAUGCAACUUCUCCGGGAUAAUCUGACCCUUUGGACAUCUGACAUCACGGAUGAAGCUGGAGAUGAGAUCAAGGAAGCUUCAAAACGUGAGUCAGGCGAGGGGCAGCAGUGAUGAGCUAAGUUCAUAGGAUAUGUAUCUGUACUUUUAUCUUGCGGUUUUACGUAGGUGCAAUAUGGGUCGUAGAAGGUGUUUUUUAAUGCAUUCAUCAACACUUGGAGUUGAAAUGUUCCAAUGGAUUAUAUAUGUGCUUUUAUUAUUGGACAAGAAGAAUUUGGUUUGGUUUUUUCAUGUGGUAAUGUUAAAAUAGUGCGUUUGGCAAAUCAAGUUGAGCAUACGAGGUGCUUUGAAUGUUUAUUCCUCCUUGUUUAAAACAAUCAUAUUCUUGUUUCUUUCAUUUGCAGAGGGAUUUUAAUGCACUGGAAA